AUGGUGAUAUCUACUUCAUCUGGCUUCGGUGGAGGGAUGCAGAGUUACUUUGGAACGCUGCUGACAGUGAAAGGACACAAGAGAGGAGGGGAAACUGAGUUCAGUUAUGCGACCUUCCUCACAGACCCAUCCCAGAACAAGAAGAUCUUGAAGAAGGUGAACAUGACUUCCGAACGAUCUUCAUUGUACCCCUCGACCUGUUUCUUUCUCGAUCGGGGGCUGAAGAAAAGAGCUUCGAGGGGGCACGACAGAUGGCAUGAUCGCUACGUGGUUCUUCGAGGACCCUUCAUGAUGAUUGCUCACAAAGAGCAAUCGCAAGGAACCAAAUCAAAGAUCUUCGAAGUGCGUGGAGUGCAAGACGGCAGCGAGAAGCGAUCAUGGAAGGAGAGCGUUACCAUCGCUCUCGCCGACGACAAGGACUCCAUCACUUCCGAGAGGUUCAGCUGCAGUUCCAAGAUGCUGCAUGACCUAGACGAUGCGCGCUCCACGUCCUCGGGAUGUAGCUCCGUGUGGGACACCAACUGCCUUCUUGGAUGCCAACGUGACCUGAGAUGCUCUCAGAGGUCCUCAGUCAUCGUCCUCUGGAGUGCGGCAAAGCAGCCCCUCCCAUCCGAACUCACUCCUGCGCUCGCGUGCGAUUUCGUUGCCGAGUUCUCGGAGAAGUACGGGUCUCUGGAUUACUUCAUCUGCGAUUGCGAGAAGUCGCUCAGCGGUCAGCUCGACUACCAGACCAAGAAGUCCGUCGGAGAUUUCCGCAUGGACGCGCUGCUCGCCCUCCUCGACAUCUCCAGAUCAAGCCGGUCCCAGUCUGCAACUAUCGUAGCCUUCGGCUGCCACGAGGACAUGGAGGGGAUCGAGAAGGAGCUCGACGCCAGGGGCGUGCAGCUCGUGCUCGCGACCUGGAACGGCCGGGUGAUCAACGUGGUGCACGAGACCUGCCAGUCCAAGAGCUUCUUGCAGCGACCCGGCGUCGAGUGCAGGAGGGACACCUGCGGCAAGGAGGAGGAGGACAACCCGCAGCUGGUCAAGGCCAUCUCAGCCCCAGCGGAUGUCUCGUGCCGGCAUCGUUCGGCCUCCUCUUGCCCCCUCAGUCAGGAGUCUCCCGCCACCCCCCAUGGCAGCAACUCCAACAGGUCGACGAGCAGCGGCAGCAGCUCGCCGGAAGCGAGAGAGGACGCGGCGCUCGGGCUGGCUGACAUCUCGUCCCUUCCUACCUCCCUCCUAGCUCCCGCUGAGCAGGACAAGAACGCGCAAGACCCUCCAGGAGAAGCCGUGCUCAAGGUCGGCAGGUACCCCCUCACACUGAGGAGACAGUCUUCUGCAGGGCCGCAGCCGUCAAGCUCGUCGUUGCAUCCCGGGGUCGAGCUCUACUGGAAUGACAAGCUGCUGCUGCGGGGAGAGGAGCUGGUGACAGCAGGACUUGUGCUGGCGAAUCUCUUGAUUGUCCUGUUGCUUGUCUACUACAUGUACGGGUCGUAA